AUGACUAACUCAAAACUAUCUGAGUGUGAUCCACGCUGUAAAAAACGUUCAUCCCAAUAUAACAACAAAAAUAACCAUAAAACCAAUACCCUCCUAUUGGAGAUGAAUACCGUGGAAAAACAACACUUAAACACAGAAAGCGAACCUUUCAAAAAAAGCUUCCUUGAUCACAAACCAAAAGGUCCACCCGAAGUGAAUAUACAUCGAGAUGUUGUUGAUCAAGAGACUGUUAUCAAACAAUCACGUUAUACCGGGCGUGACAAAAGUUUGCUAUAUGGACUUAAUAAAUCUUGGACUUCUUGGAAUUUCCUCAACACUUUCACAGGAAUUUUUCCCAUAUUCCGAUGGCUACCGAAAUAUUCCGUUCAAAAAAAUCUUCUUGGAGAUAUUAUUUCUGGAUUCACAGUAGCCAUAAUGAAUAUACCACACGGAAUGGGCUAUGGUAUCUUAGCCGGUGUGACUCCUAGCAAUGGAUUGUAUAUGGCAGUAUUUCCAGUAUUAGUCUACUUAUUUCUCGGUACAUCGAAACAUAUUUCGAUAGGAACGUUUGCUGUUAUGAGUAUUAUGACAUUCAAAGUAGUGCAAACAUAUUCGACAGAAGAUUUGAAGCCUGGAGAAGAAGGAUAUACGCCGUUAGAAGUUGCAACAGCAACUGCUAUAAUGACAGGAGUUGUUCAUUUUCUAAUGGCACUAAUGCGAUUGGGCACCCUAUCUUCUCUGCUAAGUGAUCCUUUGGUAAAUGGCUUUACAACAGCUGCUGCAGUUCAUGUAAUGACAAGUCAGUUAAAAGAUGUCCUCGGAGUAUCAGUUCCUCGACACAAAGGUGCUUUCAAGAUCGUUUACACCUUCAUCGAUCUGGGAAAGUCGUUCCCAUUUGCUAAUUUAUCAUCCAUGACAAUUUGUGGCGGUAUCAUUGUCUUCAUGCUUAUAAUGAAUGAGUUUGUAAAACCUUGGGUGUCUAAAAGAUCGCGAUUUCCCAUCCCUGCAGAGUUGAUAGCUGUAGUUGGUGGAACCCUGUUAUCAAGGUAUAUAGACCUUAAUGGCAACUAUGGUGUAAACUUGGUUGGUGAUAUUCCUACAGGCCUUCCGUCUUUUAAGUUCCCACCUUUGGAACUGUUGCCAAUUGUAGCUGUUGAUUCAAUAGCCAUAGCUGUUGUUAGUUAUUCUAUUGUUAUGUCAAUGGGAUUAACAUUUGCCAAGAAGCAUUCAUACGAUGUUAGACCUAAUCAGGAACUUUUUGCAAUGAGUGUGGGAAAUUUUGUUGGCGGAUGUUUUUCAUGCAUUCCAAUGGCUUGUUCAUUGUCACGUUCUGUUGUACAAGAACAAACAGGUGGUAAAACGCAGAUUGCAUCGUUUGUAUCGUCUUUGCUUAUACUGGCAACAAUUCUUUGGAUUGGACCGUUUUUUAGUACUUUACCAAAAUGCGUUUUGUCUGGAGUAAUUCUAGUCGCUUUGAAGCCUAUGUUCAUGCAAGCACGGGAAUUAAAAAGUUUCUCUCAACAAGGGAAGUUGGAAGUUCUAACGUGGAUUUUUACGUUCUUUUUUGUCGUUUUUGUUGAUAUUGAUAUUGGACUCCUCGUUGGAAUUUGUUUAUCUCUGGUAACUCUUUAUAUUAAAGACUUUAAACCGUACAAUUCACUUCUUGGAACAAUUCCCGACAUUGAUGGUGUUUACGUUGAUAUUGGUCAACAUACUAAGGCAGUAGAAAUUCCUGAAACAAAAAUUUUCCGCUACACUGGGUCAUUAAAUUUUGCAACAAGAAAUUUCUACAGGAAAUCUAUGUACGAAGCUAUCAAUGUUGAUUGUCAGAAACUUCGUCGUGCUUCUUUGAUAGCCAUGGAGUCAAAUGGUGGUAAAAGUCAUAUGCUCAAUUCAUUCCGGGUGCUAAUUUUGGACUUUUCAUGUCUUGCCCAUAUUGAUAUGGCUGGUUGCAGGACUUUAAGUGAAAUUAAGAAAGAAAUGGCUCUACUUGGAGUGAGGAUAUUUAUUGCUAGUCCAAUGGAUCGUGUAAAUGAUACAAUUGUUCGCAGUAUGGCUCUGGGUGAGGGUCCUUUUGAAGUAUUUGCCACAUUGAAUGAUGCUGUUGCAUAUGGAAAUGCAUGUCGUAAUGCAUAAUAGUAGUAAGUUUUUAAAGCAAUCUAAUAUUAGAAAAAAAUCAUAUUAAUAUCAGAAGAAAGAUAGUAGCAGUACUUAAUUGAAAUAAAAAAAUUG